AUGGCGGCAAGGCGGGGCGGGGAGGCCGCGGCCGCGGGCCUGCGGGCCUUGGGAGCGAAGGGGUCGGGCUGGCUCCGGCGUGAUCCGUGGGCUCCGCUCACUACCGGCUUCUACAGCAUGGGGCCGGCCAGGAUCAGGCGGCCGGAGCCGGGGCCGCGACCCACCAUCGCGCGGCAGCGGGACGGCAUCAGGACCAUCAUCUUAAGUGAUCCAAAGAGAAGAAACGCGCCGUCACUGGCAUCUCUCCAGAGCGACAUCCUUCCUGAAGCUGAAAGCCAAGAUCUGAAGGUCAUUUUCGUUGCAGCUGAAGGGCCUGUAUUUUCUUCUGGACAUGAUUUAAAGGAACUGACGGAUGAACAAGGCCCAGAUUAUCAUGCAGAAGUAUUUUGAACUUGUUCUGAGGUCAUGAUGCUGAUCCAGAACCAUCCAGUCCCCAUCAUCACCAUGGUGAAUGGCCUGGCCACCGCGGCUGGGUGUCAGCUGGUUGCCAGCUAUGACAUUGCCGUGGCGAGUGACACGUCCUCCUUUGCCACGCCAGGUGUGAACAGAGGGCUCUUCUGUUCCAUCCCCGCAGCGGCCUUGGGGAGAGCAGUGCCGAGAAAGGUGGCCUUGGAGAUGCUCUUCCCUGGGGAGCCCAUCUCUGCCCAAGAGGCCCUGCUCCACGGGCUGCUGAGCAGGGUGGUGCCGGAGGAGUGCGGGAGGAAGGUGGCCUCACUGAGCCGGCCGGUGCUGUCGCUGGGCAAAGCCACCUUCUACUGGCAGCUGGCCCAGGACCUCAGGACUGCCUACCACCUCACCUCCCGGACCAUGGUGAACAACCUGGGCCUGCUGGAUGGCCAGGAGGGGGUCAAGGCCUUCCUCCAGAAGAGGAAGCCCGUCUGGUCACACUGA